UUUAUCAAAAUUUUAUUUCUCGAACCUCACGUUUGUUCCAAAAUGUUCUCCAGUGUCAACAGAGGAUGUGAUGAGAUUAAAAGAAUUUGUCGAUAAAUAUCACCAUCUAUGCGUGUUAACUGGAGCAGGAAUAUCCACGGAAAGUGGUAUCCCCGAUUACAGAUCAGCCGAGGUCGGUCUUUAUGCCCGAAGCAAUCGUAAACCAGUUCUUUAUAAGGAAUUUUGUAACAACGAAGCAAUCAGAAGACGAUACUGGGCCAGAAAUUAUAUUGGAUGGUCAAGGUUUUCCUCUCUUAAACCAAACAUUACGCACGAGAUACUGAAACAUUCAGAAUAUGUUGGAAAGGUGGGAUGUAUCAUUACACAGAAUGUAGAUAAUUUACAUUUAAAGGCAGGAAGUAAGAAGGUGAUUGAGCUGCACGGAACAGCGUUCAGAGUAAUGUGUCUGAAUUGCAAUCAUAAAAUAAGCAGAUACGAACUUCAAAGAAUAUUUCAAAAACUCAAUCCUUCUAUGAUCGCAACUACCCAGAUGAUAAGGCCUGAUGGUGACGUAGAAUUGUCACAGGCACAAGUGGAAGGCUUUAAUGUUCCUGCUUGUGAUAAUUGUGGUGGCAUAUUAAAACCAGAUAUUAUAUUCUUUGGAGACAAUGUACCACACGAGAAAGUACAAAACGUGAAAGCUAAUGUAGAAAAUUUAGACGCUUUGCUAAUUCUAGGAACAACUCUUAGUACAUUCUCUGCAUACAGAAUUGUAUUGCAAGCGAUUGAUGCCAAGAAACCAAUAGCAAUAGUAAAUAUUGGCGAGACUAGAGCUGAUAAGUGUAUAAAUUUAAAAGUAGAAGGAAGAUGCGGAGAUAUUCUACCAAAGAUUUGGCAGCUGAAUAUUUCAAAGGAUUGUAUAAGAUGAUGACAAAAGUGAAUAAGUUUUAAAUUAUACAUUAAUUUAACCAAUUAUUAAAUAUU